AUGCGAUAUGCCGAGGAACACUCCUUGAUUCCGGAUGGUCAGUGCGGUUCUCGGAAACGUCACCAGGCCAUUGAUCUGGCCCUGUCCAAACGUCUGGUCUGGGACUUGUUGAUUCUCCAACGACGCGCGGCUGGGUGGAUCUCUAAUGAUGCCAAAUCCUGCUUUGAUCGUAUUGUUCAUUGGGUGGCAAUCAUUGCGAUGCUCCGGUUUGGGCUGACAUGGAGGGUCCUAUCCUCCAUGUUUAACAUGCUGUCAUCAGCGACGCAUUGGGUGCGGACAGGCUUUGGCGAUUCAGAACGUACUUUCAAGCCGCCUUCUGUUAUCCCCUUCCAAGGCUGUGGUCAGGGUAAUGGGGCUGGACCCCCUAUAUGGAUCUCCAUGAGCUCCGUUCUCAUUAUCAUGAUGGAAGCGAUGGGUUACGGCUUUUUGGGAGUUAUGCUUGCUCCCUUGGAAAACCUUGAGGCUCACAAGGCUCAGAUGGUUGCUGAAGCCAAGGAUUGGGCAGAACAGCUUUGA